UUUCUUCUAAUGCACCACAUAAUACCACUGACCCUACACAACCUCCUACAACUACUCAACAUGAUUGUUCUCAAUUGAUUUCUUCUAAUACACUACAUAAUACCACUGACUUUACACAAUCACCUACAACUACUUAA